CCCGUAAGCGGAAGGAGAAGUCGUUUUGAGAAGCUGACGCGCAGACCGCCCGCGAGACUUUUCUGCCUCAUCUGCUUUUCCACGCGGCGUUUUUGCGUUUUUUCUGCUUUCGUUUAAAAAUGUGCGCGUCUCGCGGACCCAAAGUGGCCGUUUGUGCGGACUGAGCCCCCAGCGGAGUUCGGUGCCGGUUUCGAACCCGAGGCCGUUUGGACUUUUCCCCCUGCAGUGCUUCACGCGCAGCGAUGUGGCCGAGUGGACUUUUCCUGUCUGUGCGGGAUCGUUUGCGGGAGUCGACGGCGGGUCAACAGCAGCACAUCGGGAUGUUUUGAGCCUCGCGGGUGAGUGAUGGCGGAGAAACGCGCGUGCUCGUGAACUUUGAGUCGUGUGGGUUCGCUGGGCUGGACUGUUCCAUCGCAUCACAUGAGAAAAUUAGGGGGGAAAACUUACAAAGUUGUUCCCAACAGGACCCCAGGAGGUCAUGGCGGUCAUUCAGCACCAGGAGAUGCUUCCAGCAAACCACUGAUCUGGGACGCUGCUUUGGUGAUAACGCCCGGAUUAGCAGUUUUCGUGUUAGCCUUUGAGGGAAACUCCUGAUGCUUACCCCUGUGGAGAACUGAGACUCGCCCCACCCUCAUCAUGUUGGCUCUGAGACGGGAACAGAGCAGGCGGGGCCUCGGAGAGGCGGAUCGCCUGCAGAAGGACGCCCCCCCGGCCUGGCAGCCGCAGGGCCGGCCGGCGGCACAGCCGCCCUCUCAAGAGCUGGGCAUAAACAUCCGGGAGAAGAUCUCCAAGUGGGAGGGUCUAAGUCAACAUAGCGGCGGCCAGGACGGGCGGGUGAAAUCGCACCCUUCCUUCGUUUCUCGGGUUCAUCCUGGAAAUCUCCCGGGGAAGACGGGAACGCCGGAGAGCCGCUGGGAGGAGCCUCAUCCCAGACAGAACCACUGCCGAGGAAAAAGCUUGGAUUUGUGGGAACAUCCAGGAAGCGUCUACGGCGUUCUCGAUGUCGCCAGGCGGACGUCUGAACCCACAGAAAAAACGAACACGAGGUUCUCGACCACAUCGGCGGGACCCAAAGGACCGUCUCCUCCAACGUCUGGAGUGGAAGCUAACUGCACCUUUUCUGCAGCAAAGCAGUUUUUCAGCGGAGAAGCGACCUCCGAAGCUCAGGGGAAAACCGCCGAAGACCGGGACGACGGCAUGCCCGCCGGGAACUUUUACACCUCACGGGGGUUCUGGCGGAAGCUGGAGGGGAACCGGCUGCUUUGGGAAAAGGGGGAAGCUGCGGGUGAAGCUCCUGGCCCCCCCAAACCCCGGCGGACAUUCAAGUACAGCGUGACCAGCAACGGGCACGCCACGCCGCUGAACGCCACGUCUUCGCCAAACAGCCGCUGCAACGCCAGAAGCAGGAGGAGGGGGGCAAAGCCGCCGAACUUCCCGCCGCCCCCCUGUCCGGUCAUAAAGUUUGACGGACUUUCGAGGCAUCAGAAUAGCAGGAAGUCCUUCGAGUACGAAGAUGCCGCUCGUAUGGCGGUCCAGCUAAGCCUUCUGGGAGAUGAGUGUGUGCACUCAGGCCUCAACCACGCCUACUCUGAUGACAACAUAUAUGAAGAAAUAAUGCCCGAUGGGAGCAGAGAAGAUCCCUACGAGGACGUGAAGCCGUCUCCAGCGCGUUUUACUCCUCUGAGAGCUCAAACCGAAAAGAUGACCUCUAAACCCCAGACGUUGCAAGGAUACGUGGGCAAAAUGGAGAAGAAGAUGCUGCAGGCUUUCCUGCCCUCAAAAUCCUCAACGUUGGCGCCCCGCCGCUCAAACGCACAGAGACCGUCGGAGACCCUGCAGUUUGUCAACAAAAUUGAGACCAUUUUUGAUGAGAAGCGUGGGAGGAAGAGGGUGAAGAACCAAGGACUUGUUGUCUUAGAGGAGAGCAUCGGGCCAGACAGCGACCCUGAGGACGGCUCCAAAGUUCACAUCCACUCCACGCUGAGGCGCCGUCCGGGGUACCGGACCCUGGAGAGAGACCUGAUCCAGCUGCAGCAGCAGCAGCUCUUCCAGCUCUUCGUGGUGGUGUCGCUGAGAAAGGGCCCCCAAGGAAACGCCUACGCCCCCGAAAUCACUCAGCAGUUCCCCAAAAUGUUUGAGAAAUCGUCUCGACCCUCCAAAGAAACAGAGGAUCAGCUGAAGGUGAUUCCGAACUUCUGCUUCCCCGACUCUCAGGAUUGGAAACCCACGGCAGACAUGUCCAGUGAAACCUUUUCCUUUGUCCUGACGGGAGAAGACGGCAGCCGCUGGUUCGGUUACUGCCGUAAGAUCCUGCCUCGCGGCAAAGGGAAGAGGCUCCCGGAGGUCCACUGCAUCGUCAGCAAGCUGGGCUGCUUCGACCUGUUUGCAAAGAUCCUGGAGGAGGUGGAGAAGCGCAGAGAAAUCUCCCCGGCGCUGGUUCACCCGUUCAUGCGCAGCGUCAUGGAGUCGCCGUUUCCGGCCCCCGGACGCACCGUCACCAUCAAGAGCUUCCUGCCCGACUCCAGGAAAGAUGGGAGCGAGGUGCUGACUCUGUGCCGGCCGGUGGACUCCCGGCUGGAGCACGUGGACUUUGACAGCCUGCUGCAGUGUCUCAGUGCAGAAAGACUCCUGCAGGUCUUCGCCUCCCUCCUGCUGGAGAGGAGGGUCAUUUUCAUCGCUGACAAACUCAGCGUCUUGUCCCGAUGUGGCCACGCGGUGCUGGCGCUGCUUUACCCUUUCACCUGGCAGCACACCUUUGUGCCCGUGUUACCCGCCAGCAUGCUGGACAUCAGCUGCUCCCCGACGCCCUUCCUGAUCGGCGUCCUGUCGCCGUACCUGCCGCAGCUGCUGGAGCUGCCCAUCGAAGAGGUGCUCAUAGUGGACCUGUGCAAAGACAGGUUUGUCAUUCAGCUCGGCGAUGAAGACUGCAUCCUCCCCAGCAAACUGCAGGCCGCCCUGCUGCAGAUCCUGGAGGACAGGCUGGACAUCCUGAGGCAAAGCGGGGAAGACGCCAGCGGAGGUUUACCAGGUCAGCAGGCGGACCUGAGCUCGCUGCUGUCGGAGAGCUUUGUGCGAUUCUUCGUGGAGCUGGUCGGCCACUACCCCCUCCACAUGGUGGAGUCCUCCAACGGAACCAAGGAGCUGCAGCGCGACUCCUUCCGCAAGUCCCACCCGUCCCGGGGAGUCCGGCACUUCCUGCAGCUCUUCAUGGAGACGCAGAUGUUUGCUGGCUUCAUUCAGGACAAGGAGCUGCGCAAAGGAGGAGGACGAGGUCUGUUUGAAACCCGCGCAGCAGAGUAUCUGGACUCCUGUCCUGAACCCGAGCCCAGCGGCGUCAACAAAGUCCUGAAAUUAUUUGGUAGCACGAUGAAACUCCUGCAGAUCAAAUGAAGCCCCCGGGAUCUUCACCUUUACAUUAAAGACUGUGAUCCGGAGCAGCUGCCUUGAUUUUUUAAGGAGAAACCGUCGUGUCUGAGUCCACAUCUCCUUCAGCCUGGUUCUGUCCAGCUUCAGCUCUCCGUUUUAUUCUGUAUUUAUGAUUUUGUAAAUUUGGAUCGAGUUCUGGUUGUAAAUAACUCCUGAGCUCUCUUUUUUUAAAAGAUUUUGCACAAAUUGGAAACCAGUGUUUGCAAUUGUUUUGUAUUAAAGCAUGUGUUGGCUGAAGCUCUUCUCA